CUUCAAAAAUGAGACUGUUUGAAUUGAUUUAAAAAAAAAAAAAGUAAAAUCACAAAAUUAUGAUUGUCAUUGUUCAAAUACACAAUAAAUACUUCAACCCAUAGAGUGACAGUUUGUGGUAAGCUUAAGCAGAUCACGGCUACUGGUUUUACCGUCAGUCUCAUCAUGUCCUGUUAUCAUGGUACAGGGUGUUAGCUUUAGGGUGACUGGCUGCAAACAAAUAUUGAUGAGUUAGGGCCUGUUUGGACGUUGCAUAAAGAUCUGAUCAAGAUUCAAUCACAUUAAAGGCGAUCACAUUUGACAGGGCACAAAACUGAGACGCAUUUGGGAAACGCAUGUUAAUGAACACACACGUAACUAAAGCUACUGAAGCCACUUAACGAUCGCACAGUCCAGAUCGGAUCCUAAUGCAAAUUCUGAACAGGCCUUGAGGACGGUUUGGUUGGUGUGACUCUCAUCUGUCCUGUGCAUAUCAGCCCACUGGUGUUGGAAAAUUAAAAUGAACAAACUGCUGAAAUGUUGACCUAUAUUUAAAUCUCCUUUUCCGCCAAGCGUAGCUUUUAAACCAUGUUGCAGAAAACUGUAACCGUGUGGAGUAAAUGUUAGACUUCUUAGAAACACCUAUUUUGUCAUUAUAGGGUUGCUGCAAAUGAUUGAUUGGAAAGAAAACCUGGAACAUCUCAGACCACUCCUAUUUAACGGAGAAACCCAACACAUCCUUACACACUAGCUGAUUAUCAACCAAAAACUCAAUAAAAAAAAAAAAGAAGAAGCUUGCAGAUCACUUUCAAACUGUUUUCUGGUGUGCUUUGUCAUAGUUUCUAUUAUUGUCACGCGUUGCCUCAUUUAUUCUCAAAAUGAAGUUUGAGAACGUGCUGGAAGAGGUCAACGGCUUUGGGAGAUUCCAGCUAAGGACGAUCGCCUUGUUGGUAAUACCUCGAGUGACCUUGCCGUUUCACUUCCUGCUAAAUAAUUUCAUAACAGUCAUUCCCCCUCAUCACUGCGACAUCAGCUCCCUGGAUGAUGGAGGUCUUUUCAGAAACUUAUCUCUGGAGGAGAGGCUCACUGUCAGUAUUCCAGUCCAGCAGGAUGGGACUCCACACUCCUGUCAAAUGUUUGCAGAGCCUCAGUAUCACCUGCUGUUUAACUCCUCCAACAUAACCGACCUCCUGGCGGUGCCCUGUCAAAACGGAUGGGUCUACGACAACACCACCUUCAAGUCUACCCUGGCCACGCAGUGGGAUCUGGUUUGUGAUAAGAGGAGAAUGAACAGAGCCAUGGCCACUGUCUUCUUCAUGGGGGUCAUGGCUGGAGCAGCAUUGUUUGGUUAUUUGAGUGACAGGUUUGGCCGGAAAAGAAUGCUACUGGUGUCCUACGUGGCAACCAUCCUGUUUAGUUUCGCGAGUGCUUUCUCUUAUGAUUUUGCCGUAUUUGCUGCAAUGAGGUUUUUCACUGGACUUGGAAUUUCUGGAAUAAGUAUAAUCAGCCUGGUCCUUUGUGUCGAAUGGGUGGACAUUAAGCAUCGUUCCACAGUGAGUGUCUUAAUGAGCCUGGACUGGAGUGCCGGCGUUACUCUGCUCUCUGCUUUGGCUUAUUUUGUGAAUGACUGGAGGUACCUGACUGCAGCUGCAUCGUCUCCACUCUUCCUAGCCAUAAUCUCUUGGCGGUGGAUCCCAGAGUCAGCCAGAUGGCUGAUAAGCAACGGAAAAGUGAACAGUGCUCAUUUUUACUUGGGCUUGUGCGCAAAAGUCAACCGCAGAGAGGAGUGCAUGGAUGACCUGAAGCCUGAGGUGCUCUCUAAAGUUAUACUUGUUGAAAAUCAAAGCAGAAAAUAUUCUUACUUGGACCUUGUGAGGACCCCCAGGAUGAGAAGACUAGCUCUACUUACUGGCAUUGUGUGGUUUGGAGUGACCUGUGCUUACUAUGGGAUCAGUCUGAAUGUUGCUGGAUUCAGUGCCAACAUUUACCUAACGCAGUUCAUCUACGGUGUGGUAGAAAUUCCAGCAAAAGCAUUCGUCUAUUUCUCUGUGGACAAAAUAGGCCGAAGGUUGAACCAGGCCGCGUUUCUCUUUCUGGCUGGACUGUGCAUAUUCUGCAACAUGUUCAUCCCUCAAGAAAGGGGGAAUUAUCGAACAGCUGUGGAAGCUGUGGGCAAGAUGUUCGCAGAGGCGGCUUUUACAACAGUUUUUCUGUACACAACGGAGCUUUACCCCACAGUAAUGCGGCAAAAUGGAAUGGGUUUCUGCUCCUUCAUGGCCCGUGUAGGUGUGUCUGUGUCCCCCAUGAUCCUGAUUUUGGAAGAAUUGUGGGUCCCACUGCCAAGUAUUAUUUUCGUACUGGUGGCUUUUACUGGAGGACUGUCAGCUACCUUUCUUCCUGAGACGAAAAAUGUCCGUCUGCCAGAGACUAUUGAGGACGUGGAACAUUUCAGAACACAAUCAAACUCCACAUCUGAUGAGGUACCUUCCCUGUAAAUGUCUUCGCCAUCGCCAGCAAAACUGCCUGGAAGACUCUGAAGUCCAGUGAUUGGGUGGAAAACCAUUACAUUAUUCAAUCCAUCAUUCACUCUUUUUGUUAGUUUGUUUCCACCACCUCCUUGGGAUAAGGCUACAAUAUAGUAAAAUCAUACAUGUUAUUUGUUAUGAUUGUGACACGGUGAACUUGGCCAUUUUUGAUUUUGCCCUAAUAGUAAUUAUCUUAGGUGUUGAUGAACACAUAACACGUGCAAAAAACUGAAAACGUGUUUUGGUAACUAACUACCCAACAGGAGGAGGGAGGACCUCUCUGGACAGGAGACGACUUUUUUGCUGUUCUCUGCAGAUUUCCGAGGCCAUAAAACAAACUUGUAGGCACAUUCUGAUGCCGCAAAAUACUAAGAGUUAUUUUGCAUGCAGACUGUUCCCUUGGAUGUGCUAACCUCCUCCAGGUACUUUAUCAAUAACAGGACAGGACAGGAGUACUCAUCCUCCACUAGAAUAGGAAACUAUAGAACGUACACUCGUAAUGAAAAAUACAAUGUUUAAACCACAUUCUGCUCGUGAUCUGUAUCAACUCCAUGUUUUGAUCAUCUUUGUAUACCUUAUAAUAAAGUUAGCCUUUUGAAUUUUUAAUCAUACUGCCAUCUAGAGGCUAGUUAAGGAAAUACCUUUGGAAUGUAAUUCUACAGUACGAGUUGGACGUCUUAAUACAUUUAUAUUCUACAAAGCAAGACUAGUUAUUGCAAGCGUCCUUAUUACCACAUGUAAUCUACCUAAUCGUAAUUGUCUUUGUACUAUUAGUUAGUGUAGCUUACUAGUUAUCGUAUGAGUUAGGAUGUUGAGGAAUGUCUUGGAAAUGAAUCAAUGUGUCUGAUAAUGUGUUAUCUUAGCUCUGGGUUGACCAUAGUGAGACAUGUACAAUCAUUCUUUAGCAUUCUUAGAGGCUGAAUUAGGAGCGGCCCCCUUUCGACGAGUGCCGUUAUUAGACUUAAAUGUUUAAUAACAUAAUUGCCCUACGACUAUAUUGUGCAAAUUUCAGUAAAUGCCUGAACCGAUUGUUUAACUACUGCCUGUUGGAGGUCAAAAUUUAUACUGAACAAUAAAUAAAAGUACAUCGUUGUAUCUUGAA